AUGUCCCUCAUCCCGUGGCUCCGGUGGAACGAGGCCCCACCACGGCUGUCGUCGCGGAGUCCGGCGGAGAUGGUGCUGGAGACGCUCAUGGUGGAGCUGGCAGGGCAGAUGCGAGAGGCUGAGCGGCAGCAGUGGGAGCGCAGCAACGCGGUCAGGAAGAUCUGCACCGGCGUGGACUACAGCUGGCUGGCCAGCGCGCCCCGGCCCACCUACGACCUCAGCCCCGGGGAAAGAAUGCAACUGGAGGAUGUCUGUGCCAAGAUCCACCCAUCCUACUGCGGGCCUGCCAUCCUGAGGUUCAGGCAGCUGAUAGCGGAGCACGAGCCCGAGGUGCAGGAGGUGUCCGGGCUCUUCCGCUCGGUGCUGCAGGAGGUCUUGGAGAGGAUGCAGCAGGAGGAGGAGGCGCAAAAGCUGACUAGGCAGUGGAACCUGCGGCCCCGCGCCACCUUCAAGACCCGCGCGCGCAUCGCCCCCUUAGUCAGCGACAUCCGCACCAUCUCGGAGGACGUGGAGCGGGACGCACCUCCGCCGACCCGGACCUGGAGCCUGCCGGAGUUCCGGGCUCAGAAAGAGUACUGA